AUGGCACAUGAUACAGCAGCUCCUAUGGAAAGUUGUUGGAACAUCAAGAAAGAAUAUCAUAUAGAUGAAAAUCUGGGGUUUGCUCUGCCAAGGCCAUUGGAGGAGCUUCCUCACCCUUAUGAUGCCUGGAGUUUUAUUGCUAAAAAUCUUCCUGAAUUGAUUCAGAAUGGAGAACUACGUGCAAAUGUUGAAAAGCUGCCAAAACUCAGCAUUGAUGACCUCCAAGGUCACAAACUGCAGCGCCUUGCACACUUAGUGCUAGGAUACAUCACUAUGGGAUACGUGUGGAAUAAAGGUGAUGAGGAAGAUGUUAAAAAGAUUCUUCCGAGAAAUAUUGCUAUUCCUUACUGUGAACUCUCCAAAAAACUUGGACUGCCUCCUAUCUUGGUUUAUGCAGACUGUGUUUUGGCAAACUGGAAAAAAAAGGAUCCCAAUGGGCCUAUGACUUAUGAGAACAUGGAUAUUCUAUUCUCAUUUCCUGGUGGGGACUGCAGUAAAGGUUUCUUCUUGGUUUCACUCUUGGUGGAAUUAGCAGCUGCUACUGCCAUCAAAGUAUUUCCCAGUAUAUUCAAGGCAGUACAAGAGCAAGACCAGAAUACGCUGCAAAAUGCACUGAGUGAAAUAACUUCCUGUUUGCACAAAGCUCUUGAAGUAUUUCACCAAAUUCAUGACUAUGUGGACCCAAAACUCUUUUUCAAUGUUCUUCGCAUAUACUUGUCAGGCUGGAAAGGAAGUUCCUUGCUGCCAGAAGGCCUGCUAUAUGAGGGUGUUUGGGACACACCAAUGAAGUUUGCAGGGGGCAGUGCAGCUCAAAGCAGUAUCUUUCAAUGCUUUGAUAUUCUUCUGGGCAUCAAACAGGAUGCUGGUGGAGAAUCUGCUAGAUUUCUCCAGGAAAUGCGAACAUAUAUGCCUCCAGCUCAUCAGAACUUUCUUGAAUCAUUACAGACAAGCCCCUCAGUCCGUGAAUUUGUCCUUUCAGUAGAUAAUGACAGUUUAAAGAGCAUCUAUAGUAAGUGUGUGAAGGCUAUGGUUUCCUUGAGAAACUACCAUUUGAAUAUUGUAGCUAAGUACAUUGUUGGACCCGCUCGACUGCAGUCCGAGGGAAAACAAACAUCUGACAAGCCAUCAGAACAGGGCCAAAUAGGAACUGGAGGCACAGAUAUCAUGACUUUUCUGAAGUCUGUAAAACGUAGAACUGAGAUGUUCGAGGUAAAUAUAGAUUAA